AUGGUGUUCUCUGUUAGUGUGGUCUUCCAGUCGGAGCUGGUGGGAGAGUUCUGGUACCAGCUGGACCUGCUGGCCCAACCUCCUGUCCUCACCACCUUACCACAGAGCAGCUGUGAACUGGGGAAGUAUGUGGACCAGGCUGUACAUCCCACUGGUCAACCCCACAGACGAGACACUGGAGCUGGGCACGGUCAACAGCAACCCUCGCAACUUACCCUGGAGCUGGACACCAGCAGACCACUCAUCAUAGCACCACACUCAUCCACCCAGGUUCCUGUUCGUUUCAGACCAUCAACCAUCGGAGCUAGAAACCACACAGCCAAGAUCUCCUUCACCUGUUCUCAGUUGAAGCACUGGAGCUUCCAGCUGUGUGGUGAAGGCCUGACCCCUGGCAGGAUGGAGCCUCUGUCUGUAGCCUCCCCUGUGGGAUCUCACUCCUCCAUCAUCCUCCCCUUUAGGAACCCUACUGAACACCCAGCCCUGCUGCACCUCACACUCACAGACGAGGAGCCCGGUCAGAAGAGAUCAAGCCAGUCCUUCAUAUGUGAAAGGAAAGUGUUCUGCAUCCCCCUCAAACAGACACAAGGUGUGCAUGUGUCUGCGGGGGCCAGUGUGGACAUUCCUGUGGUGUUUGCCCCUGACUCCAUGCAACUGCACCAGGCCUGGCUCCUGGUUCAGCUAGAGCCCCUCUUCAUUCUCCCCCGCCUGGACACAGCACUCACCACGGCCCAGAGGGACAAGUCAGUACAGUGUGUGUAUGUGUCUACACAUGCGUGUGUGUGUAACAGGUGUUUCUCUGUGUACAGGUGUGUGGAGGUAGAGAAGGGCCGGGUGUGUUUGGUCUGCUGGGUCUACCCCAUCCAUGGCAUCCCAGAGGCCCCUCCUAAACCCUCUCAUCCAGCGGUGAUAGAAUGUGAGGCUCGCGGUCGAGUGGAGGAGAGAGUGGAGGUGUUGUUGACGGGAUGUGUUCCUGGCUCCUCAGUCAGCAACACAGACAUACCUCUCAGCAGUGCCCCCUCCUCAGUCAGCAACACAGACAUACCUCUCAGCAGCGCCCCCUCCUCAGUCAGCAACACAGACAUACCUCUCAGCAGCGCCCCCUCCUCAGUCAGCAACACAGACAUACCUCUCAGCAGUGCCCCCUCCUCAGUCAGCAACACAGACAUACCUCUCAGCAGUGCCCCCUCCUCAGUCAGCAACACAGACAUACCUCUCAGCAGUGCCCCCUCCUCAGUCAGCAACACAGACAUACCUCUCAGCAGUGCCCCCUCCUCAGUCAGCAACACAGACAUACCUCUCAGCAGUGCCCCCUCCUCAGUCAGCAACACAGACAUACCUCUCAGCAGCGCCCCCUCCUCAGUCAGCAACACAGACAUACCUCUCAGCAGUGCCCCCUCCUCAGUCAGCAACACAGACAUACCUCUCAGCAGUGCCCCCUCCUCAGUCAGCAACACAGACAUACCUCUCAGCAGUGCCCCCUCCUCAGUCAGCAACACAGACAUACCUCUCAGCAGCGCCCCCUCCUCAGUCAGCAACACAGACAUACCUCUCAGCAGUGCCCCCUCCUCAGUCAGCAACACAGACAUACCUCUCAGCAGCGCCCCCUCCUCAGUCAGCAACACAGACAUACCUCUCAGCAGCGCCCCCUCCUCAGUCAGCAACACAGACAUACCUCUCAGCAGUGCCCCCUCCUCAGUCAGCAACACAGACAUACCUCUCAGCAGUGCCCCCUCCUCAGUCAGCAACACAGACAUACCUCUCAGCAGCGCCCCCUCCUCAGUCAGCAACACAGACAUACCUCUCAGCAGCGCCCCCUCCUCAGUCAGCAACACAGACAUACCUCUCAGCAGUGCCCCCUCCUCGGUCAGCAACACAGACAUACCUCUCAGCAGCGCCCCCCUCCUCAGUCAGCAACACAGACAUACCUCUCAGCAGUGCCCCCUCCUCAGUCAGCAACACAGACAUACCUCUCAGCAGUGCCCCCUCCUCAGUCAGCAACACAGACAUACCUCUCAGCAGUGCCCCCUCCUCGGGAACCUCAGAGACCCCCACUCUGGCAUCGUCUCUCUCACUGUCAACCUCAUCUUCACCCCUUACAAACCUCGCAGGUGUUCAGCUGUGCUGGCUGUUCAGUGUUUGACAGGUGGGCUCUGGAAGUUUCCCAUCAGCCUCAUCUCCACCGAGCCGCAGGUUGAUGAUGUCAUCACCAUUAACGCUGCAGGGCUACACAAGACCUCUGCUGUGGGCUUCAGACUGACCAGCCAGACCAGGUACCCAGAGCCGUUCACAGCAGGGUUCCUGCCAGGUGGGGGCAGUGAGUUCCAGGUGUGUCCCUCCUCAGGUGAGCUCCUCCCAGUGGGGUCAGCUGGUACCAUCCUCACCGUCUCCUUCACCCCCUCCAUGUACAGCAAGAGACACCACGCUACUCUGCUGGUCCAGACAGCAGACAUGCAGUGGACGUAUGAGGUGAAAGGAACCACGCCUGCUUACACCCCACCCCACUCUGCCUCCUCCAAUGGGAACACCUCUUCCAGGUAACUCCCUCCCACUGAUGUCCGCCAGAGGAUCUUUGUGUCCCGGAACCUUCAUCUCCCAGCCAUGGCUAACUCCUCCCCCAUCAAACACAGAGCCUCCGCCUCGCAGAUCAGAUAGAGAGAUCAUUCUCACAGUACACACACACACACACACACACACUCCUACCACAACCCCACCCCAUUCCUGUGUCAUUGAAAUGAUCAUACAUGAAGAUUGAAUAAUUCAUUGUAAGUGCCUGUACUUCACCUCAUUGUCAUCAUUAGAUUUCUGUUGACCUCUGACCUCUGCAGGUAGCCUAGUGGUUAGAGCGUUGGGCUAGUAACCGAAAGGUUGCAAGUUCGAAUCCCCAA